UAUAAGUCACCGCUGGCAUGCCCUUUGUCGCGAACAGUUGCUUCUUCCACCCUUGGCCACAGCCAUGAAGCAUCUUUUCUUCGUCAUAGGCCUCGUUCAUGCCAUUGGCAUUGCUCGUAAUCCAUAUCCCCCGACCGGGGGUGGCACAAAGCGCCUGACUUUCAAUGAGACCGUCGUGCGAAGGGCGAUUUCGCCGUCGCAAAUAUCAGUGGAAUGGAUUUCCACAGCAGAAGAUGGGCAGUAUGUCUACCAAGACGAAGACGGUAGUCUGAAGAUCAACAAUUUUGUUACCAACCAAACGCAGACCCUCGUUGCAUCCGACCACGUCCCGCCGGAGGUGUACAGCUACCAAGUCAAGCCCGAUCUCUCGGCAAUCCUCUGGGAGACCAACCAUACUAAGAAAUACCGACAUUCAUCGCUAGCAGAUUACUACAUUCAAGACGUCCUGUCGUUGCAGCUUAGCCCUCUCGUUCCAGACCAGAACGGCGACAUUCAGUAUGCCCGAUGGAGCCCGGUGGGCGACACGAUCGCAUUUGUCCGGGGAAACAACCUGUUCACCUGGAUUGAUGGGGUCACUACAGCGAUCACCACGGACGGCGGGCCUGAUAUCUUCCAUGGUGUGCCGGACUGGGUUUACGAGGAGGAGAUCUUGGGGGACCGGUUCGCACUAUGGUUCUCUCCCGAUGGGGAGUAUCUCUCCUUCCUGAGUUUCAAUGAGACAGGCGUGCCGACCUACACGGUGCCAUACUACAUGGAUAACCAGGCGAUUGCGCCGCCGUAUCCAGUCGAGAUGCCGAUCCGAUACCCGAAAGUAUCGCAGACCAAUCCCACGGUGCAAUUGAACCUUCUCCGCGUGUCUGAGAACCGCGCUCUAACCGUCCCGAUCGAUCCUUUCGAGUCAGAUGAUUUGAUCAUCGGUGAAGCCUGCUGGCUCACUGAUACUCACACCACGCUAGCCGUCAAGUCAUUCAACCGCGUUCAGGAUCGUCAGGCAGUUGUGGCGGUUGACACUGCUUCAGGGCUGGCGAAAACCAUCCACGAGCGCGACGGCACCGAUGGAUGGAUAGAUAACACUCUUUCGAUGAACUAUAUCGGAGCGAUCGACGACAGCUCCUCUUUAUACUACCUCGAUAUCUCCGACCGGUCGGGAUGGUCCCAUCUGUGGCUCUUCCCUCUGUCGGGUGGCGAGCCGACCGCUCUCACUAGCGGCGAAUGGGAGGUGACCUCCAUUCUUAAUAUCGACAGAGCCAGACAGCUCAUCUACUACCUCUCCACCCAACGGCACAGUACUGAGAGGCAUCUUUACUCAGUGUCCUACCGCACAUUCGAAAUCACACCUCUCGUUGAUGACUCCGUGCCCGCGUACUGGUCUGCGUCGUUCUCCGCGCAUUCGGGAUACUACAUCCUCACCUACAGCGGCCCCGAUGUUCCGUACCAGGAGCUCUACUCCGUCGACCAGAGCGAUCCUCUGCGCACAAUCAACGACAACGCUAAGACUGUUACUCAACUCCAGGACUAUGCGCUCCCCAACAUCAGCUACUUCGAACUACCCCUCCCCCUUAGCCCCACAAACGAAACCCUCAAUGUCAUGCAACGACUGCCGGUGAAUUUUGAUCCGACCAAGAAAUACCCCAUCCUGUUCACCCCCUACGGCGGCCCCGGCGCGCAGCAGGUCAGCAAAACAUGGCAGUCCCUGGGUUUCAACGCCUACAUCGCCUCCGACCUGGAGCUCGAAUACAUCACUUGGACCGUCGACAACCGGGGGACGGGUUACAAGGGGCGUGCAUUCCGCACACAGGUCUCCAAGCGCUUGGGACUUCUGGAAGCGGCGGACCAGAUCUACGCCGCCCAGCAGGCCGCCGCGCUGCCCUACGUCGACGAGAACCACAUCGCGAUCUGGGGGUGGAGUUUCGGCGGCUACCUGACGGCCAAGGUCAUCGAACAGGAUGAAGACGGCGAUGGCAUCUUCUCGCUGGGACUGAUCACGGCGCCGGUGGCGGACUGGCGGUUCUACGACUCGAUGUACACGGAGCGAUACAUGAAGACGCUGGCGGAGAACGCGGAGGGCUAUGCGGCCAGCGCGGUGCGGCGGACGGCCGGGUUCCGGAGCGCCCGCGGCGGGGUCCUCAUCCAGCACGGCACGGGGGACGACAACGUGCACUUUCAGAAUUCGGCGGCCCUGGUGGAUCUGUUGGUCGGCGAUGGGGUGUCCCCGGAGAAGGUGCAGGUGCAGUGGUUCACGGACUCGGACCAUAAUAUUAAUUAUCAUGGGGGGAAUGUGUUCUUGUAUAAGCAAUUGGCAGGGCGGUUGUUUGCUGAGAAGAUGCGGGGGGAGGAGGGGGUGAGGCAUGGUUGGAGUCGGAGGGGGGUAGCGGUUUAG